AUUCUAUAAAAAUAAUGUAAAAAAAUAUGUUUUUUAUUAUAUGUGUUGAAAAACAGAUAAUCGUCUUGUAGUGUGUGAUGUUGAAAAUUGAUAAUUUCUGUAAUUUUACACAAAAUAAUGUCUAUAAUUACUACAAUAAUUACAUUAAACUACACAAUUCCACACUAUUCUCAAACUUACAGAGUGGUACAGUUACCGCCAAUAAUACCACUCACACUGCCACAAAUGACAAUUUAAUAAGAAAUAAACUCGUAAAAAGAAUAAAAAAAGAUGAAAAAGAUGAAAAGGUGGUGGGAGAAUUGGAUUUGUGUAAGUUAAAAUUGUUAUUGUUAAAGUAUAAUAACGUGACUGAUGACACUGUGGAGGGAAUAAUAAGUAAAUUACUGUGGAAUAAUAAAAUAUUAAGUGAAAAAAUGUAUAAAGUAAUUUAUUACAAUAAUUUAUACAACAAAUUGAAUAAACUUUACAAUAAACUUUCAAUUGAUGAGGAUAAGUUUAUUGUAAAUGUAAGCUACGAGUUUACAUUUUACAAGUUCUUUUAUCAGUUUUACCUACACUUUUACAUACAAUCGGCUAUAACAAUUAUCCCAAUACUACCAUUCAAUACUGUUACUAGUUGUAUUACCCAGGAAAAUAAAUCUGUAAAUUCUGCUGGAACUGCUGCUAAGGAGAAAAUUGGAGAGGAAAAAAGUGUAAAAAAUGUUGCUAAGAAGAGUGGUAAGUUGAAGAAUAAGACUGGCUUGACUAAGUUUGACGAGUUUGUAUUGGGAUAUUACUUUGGAAUUGAGCGAUUCAAAAGUAUAAAUUACGAGUUAACAGAUGCUACGGAUAAGUUUAAAUAUUUAUUAUAUGAUAAAACUUUCAUAAUGGCAAAUAUUCAGAAAUUUGCAUAUCCCAGGGGUAAACUCAAGGUUAAUUUGUUAUACCGUGACAUACUCACGGUUCAAGAUUAUCUCACAUACUUAACACUGUCACAACAAUUACCCUGUGAUAACACACACAACGGAUUAGACUGUGACGUAGUAAGCUUAAUGAAUUUGUGCCUAGAAUUAAAUGUUAAUCCUCAAUUCCUAUACAAUAUUAAUUCGUUCAACUCUUUACUUAAUUUUCUAAACACUAGGAUCAGUAGUGGUACUGUUAACAAGAGUGUGGAAAAUAAUACUAUCAAUUCUGCUGCUAAUACUAUAAAUAAUAUGAAUAGUAUGAUGACUGAAAAGUAUUAUAAGAUUGAGGGUACGGGAUUGGUAGAGGUGAUUGAUGUGGACAGGUUAUUAUUCCAGCUACUCAUCUCACUGCACCACAAUCACAACACAAACCUCAAUUUCAUUCUCUUUCUACUACACUCUUAUACUCAGAAUACUGUUAACACUGUUAAGUGUGUAAACACUGUAGAGAGUUUGGAGAAUGUGGAUAGCGUAAAGAGUGUGGAGAAUGUGUGUAAUGAAGAACCAUCAACAGAAGCACCAGAAUUGUGUAUGUAUGAGAGUAAUGUGAUAAUAUAUGUAAAGAUAUUUAAAUUAAUAUAUAAUCCAAAGUAUGGUUACUUUUUUCAAUAUUAUCUGCGUAAAAUGAUGAAAAUUAUAAACUCUCAGGUGUACGAUAGGAGUACUCAAAAUUACCUCAAAAACACCGUAACCAAACUGUUAAACAAGUUUAAUUCUGAAAUUAUUGAUCAUAACAUUUAUUAUAAUAAGAAAUAUUUCCUUCUACAGACUCUACAAUCACUCAGCAGCAACGUGACUGAGGAAAAUGUUGUUGAAGUUGUUUCUGUACCUGAAGUGUAUAAAUAUUGUUACAAUGUGUUGAUAUAUUACAUGAAUAAUUUGUCAUAUAAAAUUGAUGACAUUAUUAUCCUCACCAUUAAUAUUAUCAUUCACAUUUACACUCAUAAUUUACUCAACUGCAGCAAUCUAAAUGUGGAAAAUAUUACUAAUUCUGCUGCUUCUGUUGCUGCAGUAACUGCUGCUGUAGAGGAAAAUAAUUCUGUAAAAAAUGUUGCAGUAGUUGCUGCUGCUAAUACUGAAAAAAAUGUUAGAGAGAUGUGUUUGGAGGUGAUGGAGAGAUAUUUGAUGAAUAAUAUGCAUAUAAAGAUAACAUUGUAUACAAUGUACAAGUUGAUGAGGGAGUUUGAUAUCAAAAUUGACAGCAUAGACAUGACAGAAAUAAAAUACACCAGGAAUAAAAAAAUCGAAAAAUCAAUCUACAACAACAUAUUUAACAGGUCAAAUAUUGAUUUUCGAUACUUUGUUUUAUAUUUAAUUCAGAAUAUUAGUCCCACAUGCCCUAGGAGGAAGUUGUACCAAUUACUCGAUUUAGCACUCAUUUACAUACCCUCACUAUUAAAAUACAUCAUCAUACAUAUUCUUAAUGAUUUUAUUCUCAGUAACACAUGUAACUCUCCUAAUCAUUAUCAAAAUCUUUUUGAUCCCGUAGAAAAUCUUUUUGCUCCUGAUGUUCCUGCUCCUAUUGCUGCUGAGGAAAAUGAUGUUGCUUCAGGGAUAUAUAAUUUGGUAGAAAAGUUGAAUGGCAUAUUAUUGUAUAAUAUAGAGAAUGAGGAUAAGGAUUACUUAUCACUAGAAAUUCUCUAUUACCUUUUAGACUACAUCAACUCCACCACCACACACACAGUUACCCCAUACUCUACACACUCUACACAUUCUACACAUUCUAUACAUUCUAUACACACAGUUGACAAAGUAAACACAGUAAACAAGAAUGUAAACUCGGAAAGAAGUGUGAAUAAAGAGUUGAUGAGAAUUUACAGUGUGAUAAUGAGUAGUAUGAACGUGGAGCGUUUGUUUAAGUGUUCUUACUAUAUAAAAUCCUAUACAAGGACUAUUCACAUAAUUAACAGCAUCACCUCUGUUAACCUUGUUAAUUAUACGUUAUAUGAUGAUUAUCUCGUGGAUAUUACACAUAAAUACCCAAUCAGCAUUUGUAAACCCGUGACAUCACAGGAUUACCUACACAUUCUCGCACAAUGUUAUUUACAUCUAGGGAAUCAUAUUCUUUACAAUUAUUUGAACACAGUUGAUAGUAAGUUGGGCGAUUUAACACUGUGGCAACUACACACUAUGGAUACUACUGUUAAUACUACCGAGGCAAAUGCUGCUUCUACUAAUUCUUCUGCUAUAGUUGGUAAUACAAUGAGUAUGUCGGAGAGUAUAAAAUUAUUAUAUGUAUCGAUACGUGAGAAUAAUAUGAAUAAUUACGUUAAAUACAUACAAAACUUAUCCACACUCAAUCUUACCCAAUAUUUACACAGUUUGUAUACUCGUAAUAAGAUUGAUACAGAUGACAUACUGUGUAGUCUGGUGACUAGGAGUAAGAAAUUGAGAUCGGAUAAUGUGAUUGAGAUAUAUAAAGUGUACAAGAAGUGGGAUGAAAAAAAUGCAGUAAAUUAUAUCCUUCGGUUAUUCAAUUUACGCAUGUACAAUAACAUAAUUUACAAUGAAGUAAAUGAUCAUCAGCUGUAUCAGUUUAUAAAAGAGAAUUUAACGCAUGAAAUUCAGAAUUCCGGAGAUUUUUACUACUUUAAACUCUUUAACUCUUUUUUACAACAAGCCUACAUCACAUAUCAUAACCUACUCAUUCCUACUUUCAAUAGUGUUAAUAAUAUUCAUAGUGUAAAUGGUGUAAAUAGUGUUAAUAAUGUGGAUAUGGUACAAAUUGCUGAGGAAAACAGUGUAAAAAUUGGUGGGAUAGAGAUAGAAAUGUUAUUAAUGAAGUAUUAUUGUGGACUGGAUAAUAAUUUGCAAUGUGUGAUAGUGAAUAAUAUUUUAAGAUUACUAAGUGUCAGUAGUAAUUACAAGUUGUAUUACUUGUACUCCAACUACCUGUACCAACUUAUCAUUAAUAAACUUGUCAACUCACACACCAUCACACUCAAUCCCAAUCACAACACCGAUGAUAACACCAUCAAUCUCAUACAAAUUAAUACUAUACUCAGUAGUACCAGUGUGGUGAAGGAUACUGUAAAUAGUGUGAAUAGUGGUAAUAGUGUGGUAAAGGAUAGUCGUAGUGUAAUGGGAGUGGAUGGUAUAAUUGGUAUAACUAACUUAUAUGAUUACUCCAAUCUAUUACUACAUACUCUUAAUAUACACUUUCUCACUCUGUUACAUUAUUCUACUAAUGCUACAGAUGAUGCAGUUAGGAAAAUUAGAGAGGAAAAUAAACCUAAUAUUGCUGCAGAUGAUGCUGCGUUUGCAAGCACCGAUACGAAAGAAUACUCAAUAGAGAGUAUAAUGAUAAGAAUAAUAUAUAUAAUAAUAAGAUAUAGUCGUGAGGGAAAUGUGGAGUUGGAGCGAAACGUGAUAUUAUCCGAGGAGUUGGUCACCUUCUUCUACAAACAAAUGUUCACAAUAUUCAAUCAUUACAUUAAUAAAAUACCAAUCCUCUUUUAUUACAUUGUUAUUAAUCAAUUAAUCGGGUCAACCGUUCACAAAUUACUAAAUAAUAUUAGUAUCACGGUACUGAGUAAACUGCUGCAAAAGUAUCCUAAUGUAGUGUUAUGGUAUAUAACAUACUUUAAAUACUCUAAAAAUAAUACUCUCAACAGUAUUUACACCAAGAUUACCAAUACUGGGAACACUGGGAACACUGUUAAAAUUUCUGCUGUGAGUAGAUUAUCAGAGGUGAUCGUGAGAUACAAUGUGUUGUACAACGAAUUAUACAAAUUGUCACUAAACAAUACGAAACAAAACGAUGAACUAAAGUAUUUACAAAAUCUCAAACAGUUCUUCUCACACACACUUUCACAGAGUACUGGGGGUACUGUAGGUGUGGUGGACAUGAGUAAAGGGGUGGACUGCGGGAUAUUAUUGCCUAACUAUGAGAUAUUGUUGUUUAGUAACAUUUAUUAUAAUGUGAAUAAGGAAUACAUUACUAACAUUCUAGACCAAAUUAUCACCCUCAAAUCCAAACAAAAACCCAAAAUCAUCACAUUCAUCACUAAUCUACAGGGCUCAAAUAAUAUUUUGGUAGGAUCAAAAUACACAAAUUUGGACCCUAAACACUGUCAAACUGCUGAGAACACUGUGAACUCUGGUAAUACUGUGAACAUGGGUAAGAGAAGUUUCAUAUUGAAGAACGAGUUGAAGGGAGAUUUGCGUAAGGAUUUGCGUAGUAUGGACAGUAUAAAGUAUGUGAACAAGUUAAUAGAGUACAAAUUCCAGUACAAGCUCCCGGUGUUCAACGUGGUAAUAAUCUCAGAAAUCAUAGGCCUGAUCCAGUUCCUACCCAAUUUAAUAACCCUGAAAACGCUCUACAACGACGUGGAACAUAAUAAUCAAGUAGAAAAUCCAAUCUCCGGAGGAAACAUCGAUAUGAAAAAACUCAUCAUGUUGUAUAUCAAAUAUGUCAACUCCAAACACUAUCAUAAUUCCUACUACAUCUACAAUACCAUUCUGAAGAUGCUUUAUAAUACCCAGGGUACCAGUUCACAGGGUACUAAUUCUACCAAUUCUGCUGCUCCUAAUACUAAUACUGUUAAUACGGUAAAUAGUAUGAUUGUAGUUGAGAAGGGUGUAAAAAGUGCUGCUCCAGGUUCUGCUGGUACAUCUGGUACUGUGGGAGCAGGCACCGUAAAUGAGUAUUACAACAGUUUAAUGAGAUAUAUAAUGAAAAGGGAGGGAGUAAUAGAAUAUAAUAAAUUAUAUGAAAUGAGUAAUAAGUUUAACCUAAGUUGUAGUAUCUGGAACAUCUUCGGAUAUAUCAUAGGACUGGGUGACAGACACACCGAAAACAUCCUAAUCGACGUUAAAAACGGUGAUAUGGUACACGUAGACUACGAUUGUCUAUUUGAUAAGGGUUUGAAGUUACUAAUUCCGGAACUUGUUCCGUUCAGAUUAACUCCAAUCAUACUACAUAAUCUGGGUACUAAUGUGAAUGUGUGUGGGUUGUAUUAUAAUAAUAGUUUAAGUUUCUAUGAGAUGUUAACGACGAAUAAGGAAAUAAUAAAGCUAAUUCUGUACAACUUCAUCCUCGAUCCCAUGAUCAAGUGGGAUAACAUACAAAACAAAAUCACUCUCAAACUCACAAACCACAUCAAUAUCUUCACCACAACACACAAUAACACCGUGAAUAAGAUGAAUACUACGAAUAAUCCUGGAAAUAGUGUGAAUAAUGUGAAUAAUCCUGGAAAUAGUGUGAAUAAGAUGAAUAAUCCUGGAAAUAGUGUGAAUAAGAUGAAUAAUGUGAACAAUGUGGGUAAGGGAGAAGUUGGUAUGGAGGUGAUAUAUAUAAAUGAGAAGGUGAAUAAUAACAUUUACAUAAAUGAGUUAAUUAAGUCAUCAAUCAACAAACAUUUACUAUCAAGAAUGUUCGUCGGAUGGGCACCGUGGAUUUGAUUACACAGGGAGUUAUACACUUAUUUACGUAUCCGCACCAAUUAUCCAUAUUUGCAACAUAUUUACAUUUCAUUUUUAUUUUACUAAUUAAAUUUGGUAAAUAAGUGGUUAAAGCAGCAAAAAUGGAGAUUAUUUUCCUCUUCAUUUGCUAACCCGAUCAACUUUGACAAUUAUUUCCAAAAUCACAAAAUUUCUAAUUAAAUUUCAAUAAAAAUGACAAAUAAUUAAUAAUUUAGUGGUUGAAAAGGUUAAGUUAAUUGUAGUUUGGUAUAAUUGGUAUACCAAUUUUGAAAAUAACAAAAUUACAGAAUUUGAAUUUUUACUCCAACACUGUAUUGAAAUUAUCAAACACCCAGAAAUUCAGACCAAUGAACUCCACACACACUUUAU